AUGAAUGAAUCAAAAUAUCACUCAACUACCAACGGGUUGUCUUCAUUCACAGAGUCCUCGAAGACAACUUCAUCUUCUACCUCAGACCAUCCAUUUGCCCAAUUAAAACAAAGAAAACCACUAAAACAAAGUUCUGAUCUUUCACUGUCUAUUAACGAUGAAUUGGAUGAAAUAAUAUCAAAAACUUCAGAAUUAUCCAUAAACAAUCCUUCUAAAUGGUCAUCCUCAUCAUCAUUAUUUAUAAAUUAUUUGAAUCCAUUAUUUUUAACCAUAUUGUCUGCAAUUGUAAGGCUUUACGACAUAAACAAGUCUAAAGCCGUAACUUGGGACGAAGCCCAUUUUGGUAAAUUUGGAGCUUAUUAUUUAAACCAUGAGUUUUAUUUUGAUGUUCAUCCUCCUUUAGGAAAGUUAUUAAUUGGAUUAUCAGAAUACUUGUCCAAUUUUAAUGGUGAAUUUGCUUUUGAUAGUGGUGCAGUUUAUCCAGAAGAAUGUGACUUUGUCUUUAUGAGAGUCUUUAAUUGUAUAUUCAGUAUAUUAUGCACCCCAUUAUCUUACUACUUAGGUAUAAACCUUGGAUUUAGUCAAUGGACAACUUGGUUUUUAACAUUACUGGUAACAUUUGAAAUGAUCUCCUUAACUUUAUCAAAGUUUAUUUUAUUGGAUUCAAUUUUAAUAUUCUUCACUGUUUUAAGUUAUUUCUGUCUCAUCAAAUUACAUAACUUGAUAAUUCAAAAUAAUUCAUUAUCAUUGAAAGGAUUCAUAUGGUUAAUAGUAACAGGAUUUUCGAUUGGAUGUGUUUGUUCAGUUAAAUGGGUUGGUUUAUUUGUUACUGUGCUUGUUGGACUUUACAUAAUUUAUGAUUUAUUAAUCAAAUCUUAUCAAUUAACAUCAAAAUCAACAUCUGGAGCUCCUAAGAUUUCUAUAAUGACAUACAUUUUGCAUUGGAUUUCAAGGAUUAUUACAUUAAUCCUUAUUCCAUUUUUCAUUUACUUAUUUUGCUUUAAAAUUCAUUUCACAGUGCUAAAUCGUUCAGGAACUGGUGAUGGAUCAAUUUCAACCUUAUUGCAAACUUCAUUAGAAGGUAAUUCAAUCAGGCUGGGUCCUAGAUCUAUUAGUUAUGGUUCUUUAAUAACUUUGAGAUCACAAGGAUUAUCACCUAAUUUAAUUCAUUCUCAUGAACAUAUUUAUCCAGAAGGAUCACAUCAACAACAAGUUACAACAUAUGGAUUCAAGGAUGAAAAUAAUGAUUUCUUGAUAGAUACUGAACAAGAAAUUAAUUCAAGCAACGAUGAUGAGCAAUAUAGAACUCUUGUUAAGGAUGGAGAUGUUAUUAGGUUAACUCACGAAGUAACUGGUUGUUUAAUUAGGACCCAUACCUUUCAUGCACCAGUUUCCAAUAAUCAUUUUGAAGUAUCAUGUUUUGGAGACGUUGAAAAUGAAAAUGAAUUCAAAGACGAAUGGAUAAUUGAAAUACAAAAUCAUGAAGUUUCUCCAUCGCCAAGUUUCCAGAAUGAAAAUGCUGAUGAAAUUCAUCCUAUUUCAACCAAUUUCAGAUUGAAAAAUAAGCAACUUGGAUGUUAUUUAGCUACUACAGGAUACUCCUAUCCCUCUUGGGGAUUUCAACAAGGUGAAGUGGUCUGUAAAUAUACAUUUUUAUCAAAAGAUAAGAGUACUUGGUGGAAUAUUGAAGAUCAUGUCAACAAUAAGUUAGAAAUGCCAGCUGAAGCAUAUGUACCUCCAAAACCAAAGUUUUGGAAAGAAUUUAUUUUAUUAAAUUAUGGUAUGAUGGCAUCUAAUAAUGCUUUAGUUCCUGAUCCGGAUAAGUUUGAUAGAUUAAGUUCUGAAUGGUGGGAAUGGCCAAUCUUGCAUACGGGUUUAAGAAUGUGUUCUUGGUUAACUGAUGAUGUGAAAUUCUUUUUAAUCGGUAAUCCAUUUAUAACCUGGUUUUCAACAUUAUCUUUGGGUUUGUUUUUAAUUUAUGCAUUGGUUAAAGCCUUUAGAUAUCAAAGACAAUUGGAUAAUUUUGAUUUAUUCGAUUCAAAUUGGAACUUAUUUUUGAUUCAAGGUAUUGUACCAUUCAUUGGUUGGUUUUUCCAUUAUUUUCCAUUUAUUGUAAUGGGAAGGGUCAAAUACUUGCAUCAUUAUUUACCAGCACAAUAUUUUGCUAUCUUAAUAAGUUCCUUUAUAAUGGAGUCUUUAAUUCAAAAGAAAAUCAAAUAUAAAUAUUUGAGAUACUUUGUUUAUGCUUCAAGCUAUAUUUUAAUUAUUGGUUCGUUCUGGUAUUUAAAAGAUUUAGCCUUUGGUAUGGAAGGUCCUUCAAAUCAAUUUAGCCACUUAAAGUUAUUACCAACUUGGUACAUUUAGAGUAACUGUGUAUAGAAUAAUAUGACGCGCUAAAAAAUUGUUGCAAAG